UAAAGUUAUCUUUAUCGUGUCAAUCAUUUGACGUGGCUACAGUUUUAUCUUGUAAUAUCAUAACUACAAUAUCGAAAUUCUUACAUCUCUAUGCAUGGAUGUUAAGAUUACAUUAACAACACGGCAGAAAGUUGUGCUUUAGGUAUGUGCAGAGUUGUAAAAAUGAUCACGAUGACAGAGGAUAACCAACAAAGGAGCCAUAAGAACAGAUGGGUUUUACAAAUUGCUCUUGCAACAUUUUUGUUACUUAUAUUUUUAAACUUGCCGGCUCUUUGUCAAACUCAUGACAACGGUGAGGCACCAAGUUUUAAGUAUUCUGAAGAAGCUAAUGAAGUAUAUUUGCAAAAACAACAUUCUAUCCAUCAUCAUGAUAUGAUACAUAAAUAUAAACAUGAAAAUGAUGACCAUGAUCACCAGCAUAAACCAGUUUUGUCUGACAAAACUUAUAAUGAAGUGGUUGUUAGAGCUAUUGCAUCUACUUUAAUCAUAUCAGCAGCGCCUAUUUUUAUUUUAUUCUUUGUACCUUUAGAUAAUACUAAAGAAUGUGAACCACUGCUAAAGAUGUUAUUAAGUUUUGCAUCCGGUGGUUUAUUAGGAGAUGCAUUUUUGCAUUUAAUUCCACAUGCUUUAGUUCCUGAUGUACAUGAUUCGUCUAAAGAAGUACAUUCUCAUAGUCACGACAAUGAAUCAAAUCAUGGACAUAAUAUGUCUGUUGGUUUAUGUGUAUUAUUAGGUAUUGUUACAUUUUUAAUUGUUGAAAAAGCAGUGAGAAUUAUAAAAACUGAUCACAGUCAUUCGCAUGUACAUACUACCACAGAAAACUUGUCAGAAGAAAAUAAGAAUAGUAACAAACUACAGAAAAGUUCUGAUAAAUCUGAUGUAACUUCUAAAGAGAAAGAAGAAAAAGAAAAUUCUCAGAAUGAACUUAAAAUUGCUGGUUACUUAAAUUUAGUUGCAGAUUUUUUACAUAAUUUCACAGAUGGUCUUGCUAUUGGAGCUAGUUAUUUAGUUGGUAAAAAUAUUGGCUACAUUACAACUUUUACAAUUUUAUUGCAUGAAGUACCUCAUGAAAUAGGAGACUUUGCUAUUUUAAUACAAAGUGGCUAUAGUAAGAAAAAAGCUAUAAUGCUUCAACUGAGUACUGCUAGCGCUGCUUUAUUUGGGACUUUUGUAUCAUUACUUGCAGAAGGCAUGGGUGAUUUUGCAACAAUGUGGAUUCUUCCAUUUACAGCUGGAGGAUUUGUUUAUAUAGCAACAGUUUCUGUAAUACCAGAACUUUUAACUGAUACUAAUUUUGGUCAGUCUGUGAAGGAAAUUAUUAUGCUUCUUUUAGGUGUAUGUAUGAUGGUAUUUAUAGCAGAGUAUGAAUAG